AUGUGUACCCAGCGCUCUACCACAGAGCAAGAGGAUCAGCACGCCGAUCCGAUCGUGGUGUUUCACUAUCGUGACUCACCUACCUCGUCGUCGGCAUCGGUUGACAUGGUUCGCGGUUCCCAGGACAUGCUCGAUUGGUCCCGUCUGCAACGGGAAGCUGCACUUGCAUCGGUGUCCAUGGGCGAGUACGAACCAUCGCUGGAGGGUGGCAGCGCGACGGACGUUUCGCUAAUUUCGACGGAAACGAUCAGUGAUGAUAGUGCUGCUGAUGAGGCUCGCCUGAAGAUCGCUUGGGAUGUCACGGAUGAGAACAGUGAGGAGGAAACGGAAUCCGAAUCCGGUCGGUCGACGAUCGUUUCGUUGACGCUGCCUGCUCGGCGAUCCUCACGGGCCGCUCCGUACACGAACAGGCGGAUGGUGUGUACGUUAAUGCCGAACAACACACUGCCAAAGGACACCCUCGAGGGUGCCAAGAUCCCGAUCGUGUACCACCGAAAUAUGGCCCGCACGUUUCCCGGCCACGAUACUCGCACACCCGAGCAGCAGAGACAGCGCCAGCGUAACACGGAGGCCGCACGAAUUAGCCGCGCCAAGACGAAGCUUUUAGAGCAGCUGAUGGAGAAGGAAAUGAGGGAUGUGGCGGCCAUCAACGCGAACAGGAAACGCAUGGUUGCCACCCAGCGGGAGUAUGUGAACCGAUUGGCAAAUCUGUUGCACCUUCCCAGGUCAACGAUGAAAAUGUACGAGAAGCAGUUGGCGGAUGAAGCUCAUCUGAGGCAGAAAUAA